AUGUUGGGGUUUGGGGUGUACGUGCAGCUCGUGCUGCAUGCAGCUGCUGCUGCAGCGCAGCAGCUGCUGCAGCUGAGGGGGGGAGAGACAGGGGGGCCCCCCCUGACCCCUUGCCUUGACCAUGGGGGGCCCCCCGAGGCCCAAGGCCUUGCACAGGGAAGAACGGGUGCUGCUGCUGCUGCUGCUGCUGCUGCUGCUGCUGCUGCUGCUGCAGCAGCAGCAAAACUCUUGAAGGAGAUACGCGCUGCAGUGUAUCCGCAUUCGACUGCUGCUGCUGCUGCUGACGAGCAUGGAGACGCCUUGCUGCUGCUGCGGCGCCCUGCUGCAGCAGCAGCUGCUGCUGCUGCUGCUGGCGUUGCUGAUGAUGGUGAUGCUGCAGCAGCAGCAGCUGCUGCUGCUGAGAGGUGUGUGCUGCUGCAGCAAAUAUGUGGGGCGCUGCUGCUGCUGGGGAUUGAAAUAUGUGGGGCGCUGCUGCUGCUGGGGAUUGAGCGGCUUCCACCGCCGCAGCUGCUGCACGGGCUCGACCCCGCUGCUGCUGCUGCUGCUGCUGCUGCUUCUGCUGCUGCUGCUUCUGCUGCUGCUGUUGCUGUCGUAGGAGUGAAGGAGCUGCUGCUGAAAGAAGGGGGGGCGGGGCCCGCUUGGCUACACACCAGCAGCAGCAGCAGCAACAGCAGCAGCAGCAGCAGCAGCAGCAGCUGGGCGCCUGUGCUGCUGGGGUGUCUGGUGUUUGUUCCUGGGGAGGGCGGCGGCUUGCUGCUCUUUGUUGACGCCGCUGCUCUCACGCAGCAGCAGCAGCAGCAGCAGCAGCAGCAACAGCAGCAGCAGCAGCAGCAGCGUAGACAACGUUGCUUUGCUGCUGUCGCAUGCACCAUCUGGGGCUCCUUCAGCAGCAGCACCUUUCUGUCGCUGCAGCUGCAGCUCAACAGAGACAAGGGGGGCCCCCAGGCCCCUUGGGGGCCCCCCACCCUCAGCAGCAGCAGCAGCAGCAGCAGCAGCAGCAGGCGAAGGGGGGGCCCCCAUAGCCGUACCCUUUGUGGCCGCUUGGUCUCGGUGGGGGCCCCUGGGGGCCCCUGCCUUCUUGCAGUGAGACAGUGGCGUUUUGCUGCAGCAAGCAGCAGCAGCAGCAGCAGCAGCAGCAGCAGCAGCAGGGUACUAAGGGGGGCCCCCAAGACCCCGAGCCUUAGGGGGCCCCCCACCUUGCUGCUGCAGCACGAGGCUGCUGCAGCAACCAUAGGGGGCCCCCAGGAGACCAGGGGCCCCUGGGGGCCCCAGGGGCCCCCCCUGCUGCAGGGGGGAGACAAAGAGGAGACAGAGACAGUGCAGCUGCAGCUGCAUCCUGGAUGCCUGGGGGUGGUAGCUGCAUCUGCUGUGCUGCUGCCGCUGCAGCAGCAGCAGCCGCAGCAGCAGCAGCAGCAGCAGCAGCGUGCAGCAGCAACGCUGCAGCAAGCCCUGGAUGUACCCGCAGCAGCAGCAGCUGCAGCAGCAGCAACAGCAGCAACAACACGACUCUCGAGCGCCACACCAACUGCUGCUGCUGCUGCUGCUGCUCACUUGACGCAAGCAGCAGCAGCAGCACCCACAUCGCCCGCAGCACAACCAGCAGCAGCAGCAGCAGCAGCAGCAGCGGUUGCUUGUACAGCAGCAGCAACGGCAGCAGCAGCAGCGGGGGGUGCGGGGCCAUCAACCCCUUCUCUGCUGCAGCAGCCUGUAGCGGGGGGCCCCUCAGGGGGCCCCCAAGGCAACCACAGGAGGGGGGCCCCCUCAGCAGCAGCACAGGAGGGGCCCCCCCCUGGUGUGUCUAUGCUGCAGUUGGCGGUGCUUGAGGAAGAGGCAGCAGCAGCAGAAACAGCAGCAGCAACGCAAGUAGCAGCAGAUGCAGCAGCAGCAAACGCAGCAGCAGCAGAAACAGCAGCAGCAACGCAAGUAGCAGCAGAUGCAGCAGCAGCAAACGCAGCAGCAGCAGCAGCAGCAGCAGCAGCAGCACACACCAACACUUCCAGUUCGGUGCAGCAGCAGCACAACACGCAGCAGAAUAAAAAUUCUAACUCCCCUGCAGCAGCAGCCCUUGGGGGCCCCCAGCAGGGGGAGGGGCCCCCUGCUGCUGAGGGGCCCCCUGCUGCUGAGGGGCCCCCUGCUGCUGGGGGGCCCCCUGCUGCUGGGGGGCCCCCUGUAGGGUCCAGUAGGCGUUGGUUUGUGGUGUACGGCCUGGUGCUGUCUGUGUCUCCUAUCUUCGGUUCUUAUAAGGAGACAGAUGCAGCAGCAGGUGCUGCAGCAGGUGCAGCAGCAGGUGCAGCAGCAGCAGGCGCAGCAGCAAGUGCAGCAGCAGCAGCAGCAGCUGGUGCCCUCUGCGUGGCUCGGUUGGGCUGUCCCCUCCUUGGGGGCCCCUUGCUGCAGCAGCAAAUCGAUGCUGGAGGGGCCCCCCUCCCCUCUACACUCCGCUGCAUGCGCUGCUGCCAGCCCCGCGAGAGAGGCAGCAGCAGCAGCAGCAGCAGCAGCAGCAGCAGCGCGGGCAGCAGCAGCUGCCGCUGCUGCUGCUGGUGGAGGUGCAGUGGAGCCAACAGCAGUGGUCGGAGGACGACAGCAAGUUGCUGCAGCAGCAAAACUGAAUGCAGCAGCAACAGCAGCAGCAGCAGCAGCAGCAGCAGCAACAGCAGCAGCAGCAGCUGCUGCUGCUCUGAUGGUGAGUUUGUGUUUUUCGUUGGUUCUGCUGCAGCAGCUGGUCGUUUGUCUCUGAUGCCGGGCAGAGUCGCAUGCAUAGCGGGGCUGCGGCUGCAGCGCAUGCGCAGCAAGAAGCAGCAGCAGCAGCAGCAGCAGCAGCAACAGCAGCAGCAGCAACAGCAACAGCGACGGCUGGUUGCGGGGCCAGCAGCAUAUGUCGCACAGUGGGAGCUGUGGGAGCUCGAGGCAGCCUUGAAGGCAGCGCAGCAGCAGCAGCAGCAGCAGCAGCAGCAACAGCAGCAACAGCAGCAGCAGCAGCAGCAGCAGGAAGCAGAGCCGGUGCAGCAACAAGCCGAGAGCCUGAAGCGUCAAUCGGAGGAGACACCCUAUAAGGAUGUGCAGCAGCAACAAAGGCCCCUGCUGCAGCAGCAGCAGCAGCAGCAGCAGCAGGAGCAGCAGCAGGAGCAGCAGCAGCUGCUGCAGCAGCUGCUCAGAGCGCUGGGGCCCUCCUUGCUGUGCGACGGCCGCUUGCCGUGGCUGCUGCCGCUGCUGCCUAGGAGAGGUGAGGGGGCCCCCUGUGCUGCUGCAGUGCUUCUUGCUGCCCACAGCAGCAGCAGCAGCAGCUACUGCAGCAGCACCAGCAGCAGCAGCAGCAGCAACAGCAGCAGCAGCAGCUGCUGCUGCUGCUUCCUAGGAGGACUAGACCUCUCCGGCUCCUCGCUGCUGCAGCUUGUGGGGCGGCGCUGCAGCAAGGGGGGCCCCCUGAGGGAGCGUUUGGGGGCCCCUGUCUCCUUCAGGGGGCCCCUGACGAGGUGCAGCAGCAGCAGCAGCAGCAGCAGCAGCAGCAGCAUCAGAUAUAAUUUGUUUGGGGGGCUGCUGCAGUGGCAGCCGUUCCCCUGGUGUCUCAGCAGCAACACAGAAAGCAGCAGCAACGUAGGCGGCAUGGGGGCCUCCGUGCUGCUGCUGCAGCAGCACCUCGCAUGCAGACGCGUAGGCAGCAGCGGAUAUGACAUACUGCAGCGGGCAGCAGCAGCAGCAGCAGCAACAGCAGCAACAGCAGCAGCAGCAGCAGACAGUGCAACAGACAAGAGGCUCUACCCCUCUUCAAGGGCCCUUGUGGGGGUAGGGACCCGGCAGUCCCUGCGGGGAGACACUGCUGCUGCUGCUGCUGCUGCUGCUGCUGCCGCUGCUGCUGCUGCUGCUGCUGCUGAGGGGCCCCUGCCUAUGGCGCUUGUCUCCAGCAGCGGCAGCAGCGUGCUGCUGCUGGGGCCCCCUGCUGAGGCAGCCUGGGGGGGCCCCCAAGGCCUUCUAGGCGGAGACAGCUGCUUCCUCUCGCAGCUGCUUGCGGCUGCACCAGAAGGGGAAAGCAGCAGCAGCAGCAGCAGCAGCAGCAGGAGCAGCAGCAAGUACUGCUGCUGCUGCUCCUGCAGCAGCAGCACGUGGCUCUGGCGAAGGAAAAGCCUGGAGGGUACGGGCCGAUCGCUCCCUGCAGCAGCAGCAGCAGCAGCAGCAACAACAACAGGAGCAGCAGCAGCAGCAGCAGCAACAACAACAGGAGCAGCAGCAGCAACAGCAGCAGCAGCAGCAGGAGACCGCCUGAAAAGAGACAGUCUCCUCAGGAGCCCCCUGCUGCUGUCUCUUCUCUGCUGCCGCCAUGCAGCAGCAGCAGCAGAGCUGCUGCUGAAGUUUCCCCCCUUAUGGAUCAGAGAGGCGUUUGGCUGUCUGCAUGCAGUUCAUCAGGGCCCCACAGACACUGCUGCUGCUGCUGCUGCUGCUGCUGCUGCUGCUACACCUGCUGCUGCUGCUGCUGCUGCUGCUGCACCUGCUGCUGCUGCUGCUGCAUUCCGGUUGUCAGUUUUAGCUGCGCGUAGCGCCGCAGUCGCCACCACAGCAGCAGCAGCAGGAGGACCAGCAGGCGCAGCAGCAACAGCAGCAAAAGGAAAAACAGCAGCAGCAACAGCAGCAGCAGCAGCAGGAGCUGGUGUAUGGUGUGCUUCUCGUGCUACUCUGCUGCUGCCGUUCGUUGGUUGCUGCAGCCUCACCGGCCGCCGCACAAAAGCUGCUGACGCCUGGGGCCCCUGGAGGCCCCUAGCCCCUGAAGAGGAAGAUUGUCUCUGCUGCAGCAGCAGCAGCAGCAGCAGCAGCAGCAGCAAGGACAGCAGCAGCAGCAGCAGCAGAGAUGAAAGCAGAGGGGAAAGCAAGGCCGGAGAAGCAGCUGCUGCUGCUUCUCCUUCUGUCUCCUUCUGGCUGCUGCAGGACGCAGAGCUGCUGCUGCUGCGGCUGCUGCAGCAAACUGCAGCAAUUGCAGCAGCAAGAGACUUUCGUUUCCUCGCUGCAGCAGCAGGAUGCUGCUGCAGCAAACUGCAGCAAUUGCAGCAGCAAGAGACUUUCGUUUCCUCGCUGCAGCAGCAGGAUGGCCCGUCCACAGCAGCAGCAGCAGCCGCAGCAGCAGCAGCAGCAGCAGCAGCAGCCAUGAAGACAGCAGCUUGUCUGCUGCUAGCACCAGCAACAGCAACAGCAACAGAAACAGCAGUAGCAGCAGCAGCUCCUGCUGCUGCUGCUGCUGCUGCUGCUGCUGUCUCCCCGCGGCGGCUGUGUGCAGAUGUGCUGCGGUGGCUGCUGCUGCUGCAGUGGCAGGAGGCUCGGGUGUCUCUGCAGGGUGGAGGAGACAGCAGCAGCAAGUUGCUGCUACACAGAUUUGGGGUUUCCCCCUCAAACAUGUUUGCAUGCGCUGCAGCAGACGAAGCAGCAGCAGCAGAAGCAGCAGCAGCAGCAGCAGAAGCAGCAGCAGAAGCAGCAGCAGAUGCGAGCGAGGCGCACGGCCCCUUCUAUGACGGGAGACACCCCGCUGCAUCGUCUGCUCGAAUUUCCGCCUCUGCCACAGACCCAGCUUGA